AUGUUUACGGGCGAAUUGGCGGAAAGCCGUCAAACAGAAGUGAUGAUACGGGACAUCGACGAGCACGCGAUGGAACUGCUGGUGGACUUCGCGUAUUCGUCGCAUAUAGUGGUGGAGGAGGCGAACGUCCAGGUGCUGCUGCCGGCCGCGUGUCUCCUGCAGAUGACCGAAAUACAAGACGUCUGCUGCGAGUUCCUGAAGAAACAGUUGGAUCCCAGCAAUUGUCUGGGAAUCCGGGCCUUCGCCGACACCCACUCCUGUCAAGAGUUACUCCAUUUCGCCGAUAAGUACACUCAGGAUCGGUUCCAAGAGGUGAUCGACAACGAAGAGUUCCUGCUGUUGCCGGUCAACCAACUCAUUGACAUUAUAUCGAGCGAUGAGCUGAACGUCCGGAGCGAAGAGCAAGUGUACAGUGCGCUCAUGUUGUGGGUUAAGUACAACGUUCCCGAACGGCGCCAGCAUUUGGCGCAUGUCUUACAACACGUCCGACUCUCGCAAUUAACGGCCAAGUAUUUGGUGGGAACUGUUGGCUCGGAUUUGCUCGUGAAAUCGGAUGAGGCGUGUCGUGACUUAGUGGACGAGGCGAAGAACUAUCUGUUGCUACCGCAAGAGCGGCCGCUUAUGGUUGGGCCGCGAUUUAGGGCCAGAAAGCCGGUGCGAAGGGGUGAAGUGCUGUUCGCAGUGGGCGGUUGGUGUAGCGGCGACGCCAUCGCCAGUGUUGAGCGAUACGACCCGCAGUCCAAUGAGUGGCGAAUGGUUGCGCCGAUGAGCAAACGCCGGUGUGGUGUCGGCUGCGCUGUACUCAGCGAUCUGUUGUACGCCGUCGGCGGACACGACGGCCAAAGCUAUCUGAAUAGUAUCGAGCGAUACGACCCGCACACUAACCAAUGGUGCGGUGAUGUGGCGCCCACCAGCUCUUGCCGCACGUCUGUAGGAGUGGCCGUUUUGGACGGCUUUCUAUACGCGGUUGGCGGUCAGGACGGCGUUUCGUGUCUCAAUUUUGUUGAACGAUACGACCCGCAGACCAAUCGGUGGAACAAAGUCGCGGGAAUGAGUACCAAACGCCUGGGCGUUGCCGUUGCGGUGCUCGGCGGCCAUCUGUACGCCAUCGGCGGCUCAGACGGCACGUCACCACUAAAUACCGUCGAGCGUUACGACCCGCGCACUAAUAGGUGGUGUCCGGUGUCCCCAAUGGGCACUCGACGUAAGCACUUGGGAUGCGCUGUAUAUAAUAAUAUGAUUUAUGCGGUCGGCGGGAGGGAUGACACCACUGAACUCAGUUCCGCCGAACGAUAUAAUCCGCAGUCGAAUCAAUGGCAGCCAAUCGUUGCGAUGACUUCGCGGCGAUCCGGUGUCGGACUGGCCGUUGUUAACGGUCUCCUCUAUGCUGUCGGCGGUUUUGAUGGAUCCACUUAUUUGAAGACAAUCGAAGUGUACGAUCCGGAGAAGAAUCAGUGGUGUCUCUGCGGUUCAAUGAAUUACAGACGACUCGGCGGUGGUGUCGGUGUCGUACGGCUACCACAUCUCGAGACUUAUUUCAGAUGAUCUUACGGUUAAAGCUUUGAUAGGUUUAGGUUUGAAAAUCAAAUAUUAUUGCAAUAAUCGAUUGGAGUGUAGAGUCGAGAGGACAGGUGGGGGAGAAGAGGGGGUCCCAGGAAUUAGGUUUCAUUAUAGCAUUUAAAUGAUCAGAGCGUCGGUC